GCCUGCAAAAAGAUUACAACUUUUUAAAAGAAUCUCUGACAAAUUGCUAUCUACAUUCUAUCCAUUAACUGAUCCUCGCAAACAAAAUUCACCCAUAAGUAUGCAUAACCAAAUCUGGAAAAAUAAACCGAUAUGACUGCAUGAAUAUCUCAGACUAUCAUGUACAUCAUUCACUCGCUGGACUCUGAUCACUUCAAUUUCCAAGAUUUUAUAAUAUUUUUGUCAAGAUUUCAACCAAAAGAAAAGGUCUUAUGACUCACAUAAUGACGUUGGAAGAAAGGUAUUAGUUAGGGUUAGUGGAGAGAGUGUUCAAUAUGAAACAAGUUUUUCUCUGUCUUCUUUACGCCUUCUUUUUCCCUCCUUUGGGGGAAAAAAUCGUUGCUUUUGAGGUUUCUUCUAAAUCAAUCUCUCUUCACAAGGGUUUUUUUUUAUUUGAAAUUGAUUCUGGGUCCAGAUUGAUUAAAAAUUCGAAGCGAUUGAGAAAAUGACCGGAGGAAGUGAGGAGGAUCCAUUCACAAAACCCAUUGGAAGAUGGUCUGUCUUCUUCUAUGGAGUUGGGCACAUGCUUAAUGACAUUACUGCUUCUUGUUGGUUCACUUACCUCCUCCUAUUCUUGACCCAAAUUGGUCUCUCCCCAAGAGAUGCAGCAAUUGUUAUGCUAUCUGGCCAAGUUGCUGAUGCGUUUGCUACUAUCUUCACUGGUGAAUUGAUAGAUAGGUUUGGGCAUUUCAAGAUUUGGCAUGCUGCAGGAUCAUUACUGGUUGCAAUCUCGUUUUCCUCGGUUUUCGGAGGUUGUCUGCCUUGUUCGAUCCUCCAUAACGACUCUUUAACGCUCGAAACCUUCUCCUACAGCAUGUUUGCAGCUAUAUUUAACAUUGGAUGGGCUGCUACUCAAGUUUCCCAUAUGGCCAUGGUUAAUUGCAUUUCAUUAAACUCAACAAGCAGAGUUGCUUUAACUAGCUCUCGUAACGCGUUUACUAUGGUUGCUAAUCUUGGCUUAUAUGCGAUUGCUUUAGUAGUAUUCGGUGUUAUUAAAGCUGGUUCAAAAGAAGAUACGGAAACACAGUACCGUUGGAUUGCAUAUUCAUCUAUCACGAUUGGAUGCUGCUUUGUGGUCAUAUUUCUUAUGGGGACAAAAGAGCCAAGGCUGAGGAUAGAUUUGAAACAAACUAGCCGAGCAAGAAUACCGUGGGUCUAUUGGUUCCGGAAACUUCUAUACUAUCAAGUUGCCAUGGUUUACCUCCUCACUCGAUUAGUAUUGAAUGUUUCUCAGGCAUAUCUUGCAUUCUUCGUUAUCGAUGAUUUGCAAAUGGGUCAAUCCGCUAAAGCUUUGGUUCCUGCGAUUAUCUAUAUCUGCAGCUUUGUUGUAUCGGUUCUGCUUCAGGAGAUUCCAUGGAACGGGAGACGCUUGAAGGCGUAUUAUACAGCUGGUGGAAUAAUUUGGAUAUUCUGUGGUGCAGCAAUUCUUCUAUUGCCUAGAGACAUAAGUUCUUUCAUGUAUGCGAUAUCUGUCUUUAUUGGCAUCGCAAAUGCAUUAAUGAUGGUUACAGCAAUCAGUAUGCAGAGUGUGUUGGUUGGUGCGGAAGUCGGUGGUUGCGCGUUUGUCUGUGGCUCGUUAAGCUUCUUGGACAAGAUGUCUUGUGGGCUUGCUCUAUAUGUUCUUCAGUCACACCAAACUACUUCACCUAGAGGCCAACUAAACAACAACAACCAACAAAGUGUUUACCUUUCGGUUACAAGAUACGGUUUAGGUCUUGUUCCAGCAUUGUGCUCGUUUGUUGGUGUCGCUGUAACGUUCUUUAUGGAGCUCGAAGCUGCUGGAUCACUAUCGAAGCCCCUGCUGCGUGAGCCGUUACUAGAAUGACAAAAUGGUCUUUUGAGGUUAAAAACACUAAAUGCUCGAUUGUUUUUUUUGAACAAGUUUGAUUUUCUUGUCCACUAAUCAUUUAAUAUAUACGGAAUUUUGCCAGAUUCUUUAAACGACGGUUUUGUACAUAAGGAUAGUCACAGUGUGACACCAAUUACUUGUAUCAGAAAUAAUUGAAUAUAAAUGUGGGAUCUCGGGUUUGAUUGUUUGGGUUUUACCAUUUGUAAUUUCACAAAGAUGUUUAUAUUUUUGAUAAUGUAACACAUACUAAAGAA